CCCGCCGGGCGCAGCGCUGCCCGGCCCGGCCCCGCGGAGCUGUCUAGCCGCGGCGGGUCCUGAAGCCGCCCCGGAGCCCUCGGCGGCAUCGGCCCGGCGCCCGGGGGCCAGGUAGGCGGCGGCGGCGCCGCAGGGGAUGGGGGGAGCCGGCGGCGGCGGCGAUCCCGCGGCGCCCGCCUGAGCCCGCCCGCGCCCCGCGCACAAAGCCGCGGCUAUGGAAGAGGAGCUCAAGUGCCCGGUGUGCGGCUCGCUCUUCCGCGAGCCCAUCAUCCUGCCCUGCUCGCACAAUGUCUGUCUGCCCUGCGCCCGCACCAUCGCCGUGCAGACCCCCGAGAGCGAGCAGCACCUGCCGGCCCUGCUCCACCCGCGGGGCCCCGCGCCGCCCGCCGCCGCCUCGGGGCCGGGGCCGGGGCCGGGGGCGGCCGCGGGCGCCGCCGCCUCGCUGGACGCCGAGUGCGCGGCGGGCGGCGGGGACCACGCCGACAAGCUGAGCCUGCACAGCGAGACCGACAGCGGCUACGGCUCCUACACGCCCGGCCUCAAGUCGCCCAACGGCGUGCGGGUGCUGCCGCUGGUGCCGGCGCCCCCGGGCGCGGCGGCGGCGGCCCCUCCGCGGGGCGGCGGCGCCGCCAGCUCGUCGCUCACCUGCCCGCAGUGCCACCGCAGCGCCUCCCUGGACCAGCGCGGCCUCCGCGGCUUCCAGCGCAACCGGCUGCUGGAGGCCAUCGUGCAGCGCUACCAGCAAGGCCGCGCCGCCGCCGCCGCCAAGUGCCAGCUCUGCGACCGCAGCCCGCCCGAGCCGGCCGCGGUGCUGUGCGAGCAGUGCGAGGUGCUGUACUGCGCCGCCUGCCAGCUCCGCUGCCACCCGGCCCGCGGGCCCUUCGCCAAGCACCGCCUGGCGCCGCCGCCCGCCCCCCCGGGCGCCCCCGGCGGCGGCGGCGAGGCCGGCGGGAAGGGGGCGGGCGGCGGCCGCAAGGGGCCGACGUGCGCGGAGCACGACCUGGAGAACUACAGCAUGUACUGCGUGAGCUGCCGCAGCCCCGUGUGCUACCAGUGCCUGGAGGACGGCAGGCACGGCAAGCACGACGUGAAGGCCCUGGGAGCCAUGUGGAAGCAGCACAAGGCACAACUAUCUCAGGCUUUAAAUGGUGUUUCAGAUAAAGCAAAGGAAGCAAAAGAAUUUUUGGUUCAGCUGAAAAAUUUAUUGCAGCAGAUACAGGAGAACGGGUUGGAUUAUGAAGCCUGUCUUGUUGCUCAGUGCGACGCCUUGGUUGAUGCAUUAACUCGUCAAAAGGCAAAGCUGCUCACAAAAGUUACCAAAGAACGUGAGCACAAGCUAAAGGUUGUUUGGGACCAGAUAAAUCACUGUACACUGAAGCUACGCCAGUCAACAGGGCUUAUGGAAUACUGCCUGGAAGUUAUCAAAGAAAAUGAUCCCUCUGGAUUUUUACAGAUCUCAGAUGCUUUAAUCAAACGUGUUCAAGUAUCUCAGGAACAGUGGGUCAAAGGCGCCUUGGAACCAAAAGUGUCUGCUGAGUUUGACCUGACUUUGGAUAGUGAACCUUUACUGCACUCGAUUCACCAGCUGGAUUUUAUUCAGAUGAAAUGUAGGGUUCCUGUUACAGUGCCACCCGUCCCAUUACUGCAGCUGGAGAAGUGUUGCACCCGAAACAACAGUGUGACAUUGGCCUGGAGGAUGCCACCUUUGAGCCACAACCCGGUGGAGGGUUAUAUCUUGGAACUUGAUGAUGGAGAUGGUGGCCAAUUCCGAGAGGUAUAUGUUGGCAAGGAGACCCUCUGUACUAUUGAUGGCCUUCAUUUCAACAGUACCUAUAAUGCAAGAGUCAAAGCUUUUAAUUCAUCAGGAGUUGGUCCUUACAGCAAGACAGUGGUUUUACAGACAUCAGAUGUGGCAUGGUUCACCUUUGACCCCUCCUCAGCUCACAGAGACAUAGUGCUGUCGAAUGACAACCAGACGGCCACCUGCAAUAGUUAUGAUGACCGGGUAGUUCUUGGCACAGCAACCUUCUCCAAGGGAGUGCAUUACUGGGAAUUGCAUGUGGACCGGUACGAUAACCAUCCGGAUCCAGCUUUUGGUAUUGCCAGGAUUAAUGUAGUCAAGGACAUGAUGCUGGGCAAGGACGACAAAGCAUGGGCCAUGUACGUUGACAACAACCGCAGCUGGUUUAUGCAUUGUAAUUCUCACACCAAUCGGACUGAAGGGGGAGUUUCUAAAGGUGCCACUGUUGGUGUGCUCUUGGAUCUGAACAAGCACAACCUGACCUUUUACAUAAAUGGGCAGCAACAAGGGCCUCCAGCAUUUGAAAAUGUUGAGGGUGUCUUCAUGCCUGCAUUAAGCCUCAAUCGAAAUGUCCAGGUGACUCUACACACAGGACUGGAGGUGCCACAAAAUGUAAAACAGCCAAAGUUGCCCAGCAACUAAUGAAGCCUCUGCUGCCUCAACAUAUGCUGGAUUCUGUAAGCUCUCUCAGUGUGAUUUGGCACUUUUCAGUAAGUCAGUAAAAAAGCAUUCUCUUCCCUAAUUUGAAAUAUUAUACAGCAUGUUGCUCAUUGCAGUCAACUGCUGGUUACAGCUAACCCACAGCAUUUUUAAUUUAACAGCCAUACCAAGCACACUCCCAAAAGUGGCACUUGAUUACAAAUGGGUACCUGAACAUAUCUACACUGCAUUGCGUACAUGGGUGUAUAUAUAUAAAAGGUGAAAGAUACAAUGAGUGUAUUUUCUCUCUCAUGGCUGGAUUUGUGCUCAAAAAGAUAUUAGGAAUGCAGGAAAAAUGUGUAAGACUAAGACUGGGGAGUCUUGAACAAGUUAGCAUGGGGUGAACUGGCUUUUGCCACUUGAAGUCCUUAAAUCAAGACAACAUAUGUUUUUAACAGCUGAAAUGGAAGUUGCAAGGUCAGUGAAAGAAUUUCUGGGCACAAUUCCUUUGUCCAUUAUAUUCAGGAGCUCAAAUGACCAUAAUUAUCCCUUCUGCCUCUAAACUAUAUUAAUCUAUGGAUUAUAUUCCCCUAGAAUUCAGUGGCAGAACUUGCACUUAUCUUCAAUAAGAAAAAGAUUGCUUUCCAAAUACGUUCAUAGUUUUGCUUAUUUUAGAUAGCACCAUGAUAUUUGCAGAAUUCACAUACAAGAAAUAGAAAAAUAUUCUCAAUAUAUUUUAGUGUUUCUCAUUUAAAUAUGAUUGUAGACACUAUCACAAAUGGAAGAUCUAAUUGUGGUUAUCAGCACAUCUUUUAAAAAGCGUGCAGGGAAGAGGCCUUUGAAUUGAAUUGAUAAGAGAUUUCUUUAAAUAUGGUACCUGCAAAGUAUUCCACGUAGAGGAAUGCUGCUUCCUAGCCUUGAUCCUGAUAGAUCCCAGGCAGCUCUAAUUCCCAUGUAGCUUUGAGAUCAAAAGCCUUUAUUUUCUAUUAGAUUAGGGUGAGCUAAAUAAUAUUUUGAUCCUAAUGAAGCAUUUGAGCAAGAGAGACUCAUAGGCUUAAUGUUAAAUUCAUUCUUUAGAAUUUUUCUGGACUGGGACAUAAAUCUUUUGUGAGUUUUGGUUGUGUCUUGCAUCUCUUGUGAAAAUGAGAAGCCAUUUCAGGUGCUGCCCGUGACAACUUAAGCCUGACUGGCAUGGAACUUCCCACAACCAUGGCCCUUUCACCUGCAUGCUAUUGUCAGAAAAUACAUUGAUUUGUUUGUGUGUGUCUUUUCUUCUAAACCAAAUUAACAUAUGAGAGUGUGUAUGUACAGCAGUAAUGCGUAUGAGCAAGAUGCAGCAGGCUGCAUGAGCCCACAACAUCUAGGAUUUAGCCAUGCUAAUCUUACUUAAGUGCGGUGCUGUCAAGCAGGAAAACCAUAGACUCUUAUAUGCUACGGAUGUACUAUUCCCUUUUUCUAAUCCUGCUGCAUAUAUACAUUUUCCUCUCCAAGUAGAUGUAUACACACACACCUGUGCUGUCAGACGUAAUUAUUAAACCUGAAAACAAAUAUUCUAGCAAAAUUCAGCUUACUGCCUUGCUUAAAGCAUUGCCACAGGACAAACAGCCCCGGCCUCCCCUGGGACAGCCUGCUGGCCAUCAAGCAUAUUGCUGCGGGUGCGCUUUUGUCUCUAGCUUGAGCACAUCACUCAGGUAGUGCUGAGCAGUGGCAAAGCUUCACUGUGACAGAGCAGUCAGGAUCCUCACUGAUGUCAUCCCACCUCUCAGCCAUGGUGGGGAGAAGGAAUAAAAAAAGAAGGCAACCCAGAAUGAAAUAGUCACAGACUAUUUCGCAAACAAAAAGUGGUCUGUGAUCAGGUUAUCUGUAACCAACUAAUCAUCUUAUAGCCCACCUCUCCUACAGAACAGCAAUGCACCUUCAGUGAUGUCAAGACUGACAUAGGAAAAAAAAACCAAGAGCAAGGAAAAAAAAAACCCUUAAAUGCUUAAGUGAGAAAGCAACUGUACUUUCUUCAAAGUCUGAAAUGGAUUGUACUAGUAAACUUUUAGACAUUGGAAUAACUGUGCUACACAUCUUGAUUUCUUAACAGCAGAGACCAACUGGGUUUUAAUUUUUAGUUUUAUUUAAUUCCAUAUGAACUCGCGCGGGAUUUCCUAAUUCAGUGGGUCUGUUUUAACCUACCUCAGCUAGAAUGCUACUGGACCCUGAAUUUCCUUGAGUGUGCUCAUUGUAAAACUGUCUUUUACAAGCGUAAAAGUUGUAAUCAUAGCAUUGGCUUUGAGUAUUGCCUGUCAGAGCAGUGUAUGGGUAUACUGUACAUAAAUUGCAUAUAGUUUUUUAUAUUGGGAAACAUCCUGUGAUAAUUUUAAUACCAGAAGGCACUCCACUUUAACUUUUAGUAUUAAAAGCAAAAGAACACUGUUUGUCUUGGGUAAAAGGACUGAACCUUUGUCUAUACUCCCAAAUUCUGUGAAAAAAAUUCAAAUGAACUUAAAUCUUUCCAGUCUUCAACCAUUGCCAGAUGUUUAAAAUUAAUUCUGAAUGGGUUUUAGAAGUGUUUUAGACAUGUUUGUGGUACUUGGUUUUGGUUUUCAGAGUUGCUUUGGUAUCAGUUCCUAGAGUGUUGUACCUUUGGGAAAACGCAGUGAGUGACACAGGUUACUAAGCUCUAGUGGAAAUAUGGACAGUAGGUAGGAAUAUGCGUCAGAUAUGUAGAGAAGUUCACAGAAGCUCAUUUGUUAUUCUCUACACAUUCCAGCAUUCAUAAAAUGUCUCCUUUCAACAUACUGCAAAAGCAAAUAAAAUAAAAGGAAGAAAGUUAGAAGUAGGCAUCCUGUAUCAGUAAUACUAAUUUAGCCUAGGUCUAAACAAAGUGGGUGUGGGUGUUGGUUGUGUACACAUUCAAGGACUUGGAUUCAGUCCACAGCGAUAAAUUAAGUUACCCCAAUAGAGUGUAGUUUUGUGUCUUCAGCUGGGUGCAUUUCAGCAGUCUCAUUAACAGUAAUAAAUAUUUCAGUAGUUAGAAUUAUGGUAGUGUCCAGAUGUCAGUGGGAGCCACCUGAAUGUAGGCCAGCACAGAAUUUUCCCUUUUCUGAAUAGCAUCAGGUGGGAAAAGUGGGGAACAUUCACCUCUCUGCUCCAGCGAGAGGUAGUUUGUUUCUCUGCAGCUCCCCAAGGUCUUUCUAGAUACGAACCCCCCAGUCUGCACGUUCUUCAUCUCAGUGUCCAUACACAGAGACUGCGCCCGAGCGACACACUCCUCUGCUUCUCUCCUCUAUUUCUUUCCAGGUCUUCUUUGGGGCUCCAACUCAGCAAUGGCUUGAGGAAAUAGAGGAGGGAAAGCAACCUAUCUAGCUUCCUACAGCAUCUCUUGUGCCACUUUUUGUUACCUCCAAAUCCCUUUUGUAGGAGGAAGCCAGCCUUUAGUAGUGCAGUCCUUGCAGAAACUGCAUUGCUGACUGUCCAGGAAGAACCCAGGGGCUGAAGAGUAGCGUAGAUACCAAACGGGACUGCUUUGGAUGUCCGUUACUUCCUUUCGAUUCCUUGCGGAUAUUUGCACAGCACUCUCUGACGCCAAGCUCCUGAUCCUGCUUCCCAGACAGGCACAGAGGUGCAAUUCAUGGGACUCCUCUGCUCCUAGAGGACAGAUUGUUCCAUGUAACAGGACAGCAGAGCAUUUUGCACAAGGAUGAACCUUGUCCACUACAAUGCAGGCUCCACAAGAUAUAGCUGUAAAUUGUCAGUGUUUAAAAAUACUAAACCCUUCCCUAAUAAACAGAAUGAAGUCUGACUCCUGAAUAUGUUGAUUUGAAAUGUCUCUAUAGCUGCUAAAUACAGUAACUAAACUUUCUGGCCUGGAGAGCAACAAGAGACUUAGCUUUCAUCUACUCAUGUGACCCCAAACAUUAUCCUUUAUGAACCUUCUUCCUGGCUUCUUCCUCUGCAGACUUCCCUGUUAAGUUUAGUAAGACCAAUUAGAAAAACUGCAUCUGGCACGCUGUCAGCCCUCCCAUGGAAGGCAGUGCUAUACCAUUUCGACUACAUUUUUUUUCCCUCUCAUUAGUUCAAAAGAGCUAACAAGGACGAUCUCUUACUAAAACUUGAUGUCAAUAUGAGCACAGGCCUAGCUGACAAUCUGUUAUUAUUUCUGAUAUUGAAAGGUAUAUGCUAUAAAACAAAUGUCAGUGAGGACAGUAGGAUACUGUGAUGCAUCUAGAAUUUGGAAAGCAAUUUGGCUUGUAAAAGAAAAGACAGGCAAACAGCACCAUCACCUCCCCUAUUUGCCUAUAGAGUUCAGAUAUAUAGAGCAAAAUAUAUUGGACCGAACAAAAUAAAAAAGCAUGAGCUUACAUAUAUUGGAGUUUAAGAAAAGGUAUUAAACAUAAUUUAUUAUAUGCAUAACAUUCCAUUGUGUUGUAAUCAAUGCCAUUAUAGUGUACUGCUGUAGAUAGUUCUUGGCUGGUGUUUUCUGUUAUAGUGCUGUAUAAGUUUUUUUGGAUUUUGCUUUUUUGAGGUGUAGUAAGAAUAGCAGAGAACACCUAAUACUCUAGUUUCCUAUUUCCAGAGCAAGAGAAAUGUGAUACACAGAUUUGGUUUUUUUUCUUUUUUACAUAAUAAUAUUUAAUAAACAAGGUAAGAGAGAGAGAUCAAGGCUAAGCUGCCACUACCACUAUAUGAAAAACACUGUGUUUGUGAUUACCAACAAGAGGUGGUGCAUUUUGGACCACAACUCAUAUUACCUAUUCCUGUGAGAAGGGAUAAAGAGUUAACAACUUGUCAACAGCAGCACAUUCUGGUGCGUUCUAGUACAUCCUUUGCCCGCAAACAGAAAGAUGAAUGAACAGAGUUGUUAGACUUAACCUCAGGCCUUACCAGCUUUCCAGCAUUUUUUGCUUAACUAGCAAAGCAAAUCAUUAACCUUUGAACCAAGCAAAGCAAUAUUAAAAAUCAAAAUAUCCUGGCCAGAUCAGCUUUGGAAGGGAGAUUACAAUUUCAAGUCCUUCAGCAGGUUAUGGUAACAAAUCAAACACAUUGCAAAUGUAAAGGGCACUCAUCACUUAAAAUUACCAAACAAAGAUGGAGAGUCUUGGUGGUUUUUUUUUUUUUUUUUUUUUUUGAGUGAGCUGCUUCUUGUUUUUAUUGGCAACAUUUCUGGCAAUUCCUCUGUCCAGUACUACUGAAUGCUGCACACACACAAUGGCUGGAGUGGCAGCUCGAAGCCCAAGUCCAUUACAAUAAGACACACUUUGUCUUCUCAUGUGCAGAAGCCACGCAAGCCACAAAAAUUAAACAUGCAAGACUUCUGCAUCCUUGCACAACAUAGAAGGCAGAUGUGUGUUUUACUAAAAUAGGUGCUCAGCAGCAUUUUCCCCUUCUGUUAAGUGAUGUUCUGUUACAUUUUUUGUUAUUGCAGGCAAAUCCAAGCAAACACUACACAAAGUUAAUUGGUGCACUAGUUGGAGGAUUUCUAACAUUUUCUUGUAAAUAAGCAGAUAUAUAUACAUACAUACAUAUAUGUAUGUAUGUAUAUAUAUAUGUACUGGCUUUCACAUUUAUAGAUCCAGACUGCAUUCUCUCAUCCUGGUGGCUGAUACCACCUUCCUUAAAUGUCGUCAAUAAAAAUACUAAGCUUUCUAAGUAGUUGAAUGAAAGCAUGGUGAAAAGUCAUUUUGUGAUGAAUGUUAGAAUAAAUGCAUGAGGUAGAACUGCUAUUAGUUUCUGAUUGUUCUAUGAAGCAUGAAUAACACUAAUUUAAAUGUUGGCAACCAAAAAAGUGCAAAGGAAUACGAUAAUGGUGUUCACUUGUUAAAUGAAAGACAAGAACUUGUUUGUGUUUUCUUCUUAACUAUGACAUUUGUUCUUUACCAUCAUUUCCCAUAGCUUAUAUAAAUUUAGAGCUGGUGAAAUAUACAUCUCUUCUGUAUGUGUCUGUCACCAGAUCAAGAGGAGAAUAUCAACUUUUUAUAAUUUUGUACCUGUGGCAAAAGUUUGUAUUUUUUGAAUUGAAAACAAAAUGCUUUUUGUCUUUCGGUCUGAGUAAAAUCUUUGUGUAUUAUUAUUACCCUUUUGGAAAACCUGACAUAUGAGUUUAUGCUGUUUUACAGUUUCUAAAUAAAUUCUUAAUACAUUGCCAACAAA